AUGCCUGCUGUUCCAUCAGAAGACUAUAUUCUACUCAAAAGAGCCAACAAAAAGAUCUCCGACCUUAAAGAGGACAUCCGACGACUAUCUGAUGAGCUCCAGAAGAAGGACUUCCUGCUCUCCAGCUUCAUGGACGUGGCAGCCAAGCUGUCCUCAAAGUUAGCUUCGCUCAACAUGACUCUCCAGGAGACAGCGUUCUGGGACCCCUCCACCUGUCCACAGCCCUCCUGCUCCACACCCAGCUGGGACUCGCCCUGGGUCGAUGUGGUGGUCCGUGGUCGCAGAAGGACUUUGGGUGAAACUGUCUCUCCCCAUCGCCCGAGUCUCUCCAACCACUUCGGGGCUCUGUCAGCGGAUGAUGCUCCGGUCCACCCGGCCAGCAUGCCUGCUCCGCCGGCUUCACCUAGCCCUGCUCUGGACCUGAAGUCGACGCCUUGCAGGAUCCUGAGGGACGCUGUGACCCGGCACUCUGGUGGUGGUGGUGGUUGUCGCCCAGAUCCGGUGGUGGAUCGCUCCUCCAGGUCUGAUGCUCUCCAUCCACCAUCUCUCCAAUCCGCACAGGCUCACGGUGUGGUCAAUGGGAUCCUUGUGCCCCCCAACCAUGAGCCCGCCCGCCCGGCCUCUUCCACACCCUCUCUUCUCUCCAACCACGGCAAUAGUGAGCCAGUUCUCCAGGUCACUGCUUCCCAUAUCAUCGCUCCCUACCGUCCACUUCCGUCCUUGCCUCCUCCAGUAGCCACCGUGUUGGAUGUGGGUGACAGUGUGGUGAUGCCAGGGAUUGUAGACUGCCAUGUCCAUGUGAAUGAGCCGGGUCGGACCUCCUGGGAGGGUUUCUGGACCGCAACCAGGGCUGCUGCGGCUGGAGGGGUGACAACCAUUGUGGACAUGCCGCUAAAUAGCAUUCCUCCAACGACAACACUUGGCAAUUUUCAUGAGAAGUUGCGGGAGGCGACGGGGCAGUGUUUUGUUGACACGGCCUUCUGGGGAGGAGUGAUCCCUGGCAACCAGCUUGAGCUUCAGCCCAUGAUCCAGGCCGGAGUUGCUGGCUUCAAGUGUUUCCUCAUCCACAGUGGGGUGGACGAGUUCCCCCACGUGCUCGACUAUGAUCUGCACACAGCCAUGAAGCAGCUGCAAGGCACAGGAAGUGUCCUGCUGUUUCAUGCAGAGAGGGAAGUUCAGAAACCAACAGAGGAGGCCGGUGACCCUUCCCAGUACUCCACCUUUUUGCAGUCCAGGCCAGAUAUAAUGGAGACAGAAGCUAUUCGCAUCGUCACAGAACUCUGCCUGCAGUACCGGGUGCGGUGCCACAUAGUUCACUUAUCCUCUGCAAAGCCAUUGAAACUGAUCCAGGAAGCGCGGCGGGCCGGAGCGCCCCUGACGGUGGAGACAACCCACCAUUACCUCAGCCUGUGUGCAGAAAACAUACCAGCAGGGGCCACACAGUUCAAGUGCUGCCCCCCCAUCAGGGGAUCUAUAAACCGGCAGCAGUUGUGGUCGGCACUGAAAGCCGGACAGAUCGACAUGGUGGUGUCUGAUCACUCCCCCUGCACCCCCGAUCUGAAGAAAUUGGACAGUGGAGACUUCACUCAGGCUUGGGGAGGGAUUUCUUCUUUACAAUUUGGCUUGCCUCUGUUCUGGAGCUCAGCCAGCAAAAGAGGCUUUCAGCUGUCUGAUGUUGUGAGGCUCCUCAGCAGAAAAACAGCUCAGCUCUGUGGUCUCGACAACCAGAAGGGCAGCCUCGCCCCCGGCUACGAUGCCGACUUGGUCAUUUGGGACCCAGAGAGAGAAUUUGAGAUUCAAGAAGGACACAUCCAGCAUAAAAACAAGCUGACUCCUUACCUUGGCCUCAGCCUGCAUGGAGCCGUGUGCGCAACCAUCCUGAGGGGUCGGCUGGUGUACAGAGACGGCACCUUCUGCCCUGAACCUCUGGGGAAGCAUCUCCUCAUCCCCCAGAGGACAAAUCAAGCCCAAGUGUGAAGCAUAACAACCAGCUGUAAUAAUAAUAAACCUUACCAAUGCUU